ACCCCUGCCAUCCAUUUUAAACGAAGAAAAGAAAUAAUAAAUAUAACAUUGUUUAUACUACUGCCUCUGUCCUCAUCCAUUUAGUUGGAUAAACCUGAGGGCCCUGUCACAUUUGGCGCUGCGAGCAGGGUUCAUGAAGAGGCUGUUAAAUUAUUUUUUUUUCUGUUUGUUUUGAUCUUUGGUGUUGUGUGAGUGAACAUCUUUUACCAUAGUUGCUAGUUAGCUGUUUGGGGAAAACAGUGGUUGAAGAGUGUGUUCGUCCCAUUCCUGGAAGCAAGAAGGCCGGGCCGAAGGAACUUCUAAUUCCCGUCGUCAACACCAUUGCUGGAGCGUUGGCGCCUGCAUAGUGCUUCACUAAGUGUAAGGAUGGACAAUGAGGAGAUGGCAGCUCAACUUAGAACCCUGACUGAGCUUGUGCAGCAAUUGCAGGCAGACAACACAAAACUUAGGGAAGAGGUCGCCCAAAGGUCAGUUCCGCCAACACCCGAUAGUUUGCCAGGUCAGUCCCCUAGGCCUGGUCCUGUAAAUGAGGCCGUUAGACCAGCCCCAACUGGAGUAGUAGAACGCUAUGUGUAUAUCCCUCGUGAGCGUAAGUGCCCACGGUUCUCUGGGAGACUGUCUCAUGAUUCUUUAACGGUGGAGGAUUGGGUGGAGGAGGCCCGCCGCCACUUAUCUUCACGGCAUAUGCCACUUUCCGAACAGGUUUUGACUAUUUUUGAUUUGUUAGAUGGUGAGGCCAGGACCGAGGUUAAGUUUCGCCCUGCUUCCGAUAGAGAUGACCCCGAUAAGAUCUUUGGUAUACUUACCAGUAUUUAUGGUUGCUCCCACUCCUAUAUUAGUCUACAGAAGCAGUUUUUCCAGCGACGGCAACUUGCAGGGGAGUCUUUGAGGGAAUACUCCCAUGCUCUUAUGCACAUGAUGGAAGCUGUAAAGAGGAGGGAUCCGGUCUGUUUUGCGAAUCCUGAUGUGGUAUUGCGUGAUCAGUUCAUAGAGCAUGUAGGGGACAGUAUGUUGAAACGGGAGCUGCGACGUCAAGUACGGCUCCACCCAACUAUCACUUUCUAUGAUGUCCGUAGUGAAGCUAUUCGUUGGGUAGAGGAGGGUGAGCACUCUAGUGACCCUAGGCCCCGUGCACAUUCCUGUAGUACCAAUGUAGUCCAAGAGCAUGAUGUUGACUCCAACGCAGUGUCUGUUAAGCCUACCAAUGAGUUGACUGAGCUAAAAGAGAGUCUCCGUAAGCAACAGUCUCAAUUAGACACCAUUUUGCGCCGUCUCGAUUCCCCUUUGCUACCUGACCAGUCCAUCCGUAGGCCACUUGUGCGUAGCUCUCGUUAUCGUUUCCAAGCUGAUGGCAAGCCCAUAUGUUUGCGAUGUAACCAACCUGGCCAUAUUGCACGUUUUUGUCAACCUCCAAAUGCUGCUCCUAGAGCAGAGAUAGAGUCCCACUCUCUCCCUCGGCAGCAGCCGGAAAACUAGUACCCCCUGACGUUAUGGCCCAAACGUUGGGUGGGGAGUCAUUGGGCUUGACAUUAAUAGGCACACGACAACUCAUUGGCAAAUGUCCAGUAGUAGAGGUUAAGAUUGGGGGUGUGGCGGUGGCUUGCUUGCUGGACACUGGCUCUAUGGUGACUACAGUCACCCAGAAAUUUUUCGAGCAGCAGUUACAACCCCUUUUUCACACUGGUUUACAAUCUUGUAACUGGCUUAAGUUAAAAGCAGCA